AUGGCCGAAAUAGUUUCUGCACAGGUUGCCCAAACGCUCGCGUACAACAACCUCCUGCGCGUCUUCUCCAACCGCGACCGCGCCUCCCGCCUCGCCAUCAUCCGCGAAACGUACACUUCGGACGUGACGUUUUACGAGCCCGACGUCAUCGCCACGGGCCACGACGGCGUCGACGCCAAGGCCGAGGAGUUGCUCACCGCUCGCGCAGGGUGGGAGUUUGUCCCCUCGGGAAACGUCCAGAGGAAUCAUAAUAUGAUCUGGCUGGCGUGGGGGUUUGGGCCGAAAGAUGGCAGCACGGGGGAGGUCGAUGUUAAGGUAAAAGGUGGGGAUGUGUUGAUUGUGGACCUCGAGCAGGGCAAGGUCAAGAGCUUUUGGGUCGUUAUUGAGGGUGUUACCGAUUCCAAGGAGUAG